AUGUCUUCCUACGGGGGAUCGGACGAUGGCCUGGCGGCGAGCAUCAGCAUCGACGCCGACCUCGCCGACGUUAUGGACAUGCUCAGCGACAUCAAGAUGGGCAUCGACAGCGUGCGUGGCGACAUGGACAGAGAGGAAAGGAUGGAGCGGCAGAAGAGACGACACGAACACGAGGAUGUGCUGAGCACAAUUGAGAAAGAUGUCAGGUAUCUGCGGAGCGCUGUUCGGCAAGCUGACGUGGAAUUGGACUUCAUCCAAAAACGGCUGGAAAGCUACAGGUCUGGCAACCCCAAAGGCCACACCAUUGAAGAGCUCAGCAACGAGUGCGGAACACUGCAGCUCCAGCUACCUGCCCUGAGGAACAUGCACACCAAUCUGAGCCGCUGGAUUAGCGAACAAAGACGUAUCCUUGUUGCAGAUGGCACGAUGACGGACCUCCUAAGUCUUGUAGACCACGAGAACAGGCAGCUGACUGUACCUGACAUGAUCGCACAGCUGGGUGGCAUCGAAGCAGCAACACAAGAGCUGAUCGAUGAGCUGAAUUCGUUGGCAGUGCAGGAGGUCGAGGUGGAGAUGUUCACCUGCCCCAUCUGCAUGGAGGACCUGCCAAUCGACGAUGUGUUCUGCAUAUCGGAGUGCGAACACAAAAUGUGCCUGCAGUGUGCUCGGCACAUGGUGCAGGAAGACUUGAAGUGUGGGAAGUUCCCCCUGGUCUGCCCCCAGUGCAAGGGGAGCGCAUGCAAGCGCUGCCCAUCCAGGAGGUACCCUUCACAGGUCUUUGAAAAUCCCAAUGAGGGUUUUUGCAUGCUGCAAGACAGCGACCUGGACCUUGUACUGGAAGGGGAAGAAAAAAUUAGAUACAACAGGAUCCUGAUGGACUUCGUUGUGAACACGAACGAACACAUGGUCCGGUGUCCCAACCCCGAGUGCCGAGCCGUCUUUGAGAUUGACGACGCGCAGGACCACUGCACGUGCAUUUGCUGCAACCACCAGUGGUGCGCCAAAUGUCACGUGGAUUGGCACAAAGGCAGUACUUGCGAGCAGUACAGACAGUGGCAGAAAGAGAAUGAAAAGGCUGACGACCUAUUUGAGGAAAUGAAGAGGAAAGGAGAAGUCAAGAAAUGCCCCAACUGCCAGAAAUUCGGGACCAAGGACGACCCGGCGAGCUGCAAUGCCAUCACCUGCCUGCACUGCCGCAAGUAUUUCUGCUGGCUGUGCGAGAAGCCCAUCAAUCUGCGUGACAAGCACGCUCAUUUCGCGGAGGAGGGGCCCUGCAAGGCCAAACUGUUUGAAGGCUGCGCCGGCCACUGA